AUGAAUCGAAGCCAUCUACGUUUUCUAGCGUUGACAAUACUAACUGCUGCGGCCUCGUGCUACGGGAAUGAAGUGUUCAACGGUGACGCAACGGUACCGACGUCGACUGCGAAAGAAGAGGAACCGACGUUACAGUUUAUGUACAAAAUCGUCGACAGGAGAACGAGCGUACCAUGCACCCUGGCAAAUAUGUCCCUCGCCAUUAACGUGGGUUACAUAACGAUAAACAACGAGACAGCAACGAGGGAACUGAGAGUUCCAAGCGACGCCGAAGUUUCCGGCGAUUGCGGGCCUACUAUGUCCAAACUAAUGUUCACUUGGGGGAAGGAGAAUCAAGAGAACAGCGUAAAGUUCAUAUUGAUCGACGAUCACACCCAUUUCUCGGUUUUCUCCGUUGCCCUGCAACUAUAUUUGGAUCCGGAGAAUUUCCCGGACGCCGCAGAACAACAGCUAUCCAAGCAGAAGUCCAACAACGAUCUCGGUUUAUUCUACGCUCGCGCGAAUGACGGUCGGCACACGUGUCUCGGCGAGACGAAGAUCGAAAUCGGCGAGAACCUGAAUCUAACGAUGACUAACGUCUCCUUGAUCGCGUUCAACACCAUGGAGGAUUAUUCCUCUCGGAAAGUGAAAAGUUCAAGUGUGACUGAAAGUCACAUCGUGGUCGGAUUAGGGUUAGUAAGUAAAGUUUUCGAAGUUUCAUUUAAACGGCUUACAAUCUUCAUCGCGUCUGAUACAAUAUCGUACGGCGAAUGGUUCGACGGGGGCGUUGCUCAACGCGGCCAUUUGUUGAGCAUUGUUGGCAUCGACGUGCUUUUGUUUCAGAUCAAAACGGUGACCAUACCGUUCGACGACUUUGCUCAUGUGAACGGAUACCUUUUUACAAUUAAUGAUGAACUAUCUGGCCUAUUAAAGUUGACAUGGUGGAAGUACGAGCGUUAUUACUUCUCGAUAUCAUUUUCUAUUCGUGGAACGUACCUAAGUGAUAUCUACAUUAGCAAGGUGCAGCUAUACCUCGUUUUAAAGAAGCAAUUCUUAAUCGACGCGAAAGAUUCGUUCGAACGCGAAGUGACUUGGCGUUCCGGUUUGUUUCCCAUGGAAGACAUCAGCGUACUUUACACUUGCCCACACCGGACCUUACGCUUCGGCGACGUGGCCCUGACGAUCAGCGAUAUUCUCCUAGCGACCGAAUUAUUUUCAAGUUUUUCACGAAAGACAGUUACCGAUUGUAGGACGCAGAGCGACAUAAAAAUGGAGGAUUUCAAUUACGUCGUGGAGGGAGAGCACAUGCCGUGCAUUCUAGCGAACAUGUCGAUCUCCUUGCAAAUACGAUAUGCUUAUAACAGAUUGGCCAACUUGACAGUGCCGAGCGACGCGAAAGCCGAAGGUUUCUGCGAUCAUUUCAUGUCCAAAAUGGUGCUGACGUGGACGGAACCGGAAGCCAACCAACAAUCGAACAGCCUCGCGCUUUAUCUGUCGCGAAACUCGACCGCGUUCUCCGUAUUCUUCGUCGAGGCUAAUAUUUAUUUCGAUAAGGGGAAUUUCCCGAAUGCCAUAGACGCGGAUAAACGGUUCCAAUUUUCAUCGACGCGCGAUCUCGAUAUAUUCGCCGGUCCCGCGGAGAACGUGCUUUUCCAAUGUAUGGACGAUUUCGAGGUGAACAUGGGAAAAGCGGCGGUAAACAUAAGCAACGUCACGUUGGCACCGUUCAACGACCAAGAAGACAUGAACGUGAAACAAGUGUAUGUUUGCCCUGACAAGUCGACCACCACUGAAUCGACCAUCACUGAAUCGACCACACCUGCUGUUACCACUCCCCAUCCCUCUGAAACGGACUACAUGUACGUUCUGAGAUACACCGAUAGAAACCUCGCUUGCAUUCUAGCGAACAUGACCGUUUCGUUGAGGAUCCGUUAUGACACCGUAUCUUCUGGAAGGAAGGAAACCAUUCUGCACGUGCCCGUGGAAGGGGUUAAAAUCGAGGGCAACUGCGGGAACACGAUAUCUAACCUGAAAUUGGUCUGGUGGGAAGUUUCUGAGGCUACCCAGGUUACUCGGAAUGAACUUAAAUUGUUAUUCAUGAACGACGAUAAUUACUUCUUCCUCCGUUCGGUUGUUGCGAACAUUUAUUUGGAUACGAAGAAUUUCCCCGAUCCGAAAGAUUUAAGAUUCAGAGGAUUUGUAUCUAAUCUGCUACUAUUCGACACCUUCAUGGGUUGGAGGCAAAGGUGCGACCAUGAAACCGUCGUAGAAAGCAAUUACAACGGUUUCCAAGUAACGUUCAACGACGUCGCUUUAAUCGCUUUCAACACUUACACAGAUGUUUCUGAAAAAUUUGAGAACACAUGCCUGCCUCAAGUUUGGUGCCCGUCUAGGUCUCUAAUAAUCGGGGCUUAUGUCGUGGGAAGCAUUGCCGCCGCUUUGGUUGUGAUAGUGCUCGUAGCAGGGAUAGUAAAUGGAAUUUAUAAGCUCAAGGAGAACAAUUAUAUGUGUGGAAAAUAGAGGCGGGAACUUACUUUUCCAUUACCUCGACGCUCGAUCGAAUAUCCUCGUGUCAACAGCCGACUAUCAGU